AUGGUCUCUCUGCAUAAGGACAGCCAGGAGGAAGGCAUCUGCCCCAUCUGCCUGGAACUCCUGAAGGAGGCAGUGAGCACCAACUGCGCACACCUCUUCUGUCGUAUGUGCCUAAUUCAGCAUGUGGAGAAGACCUUAACCUCUGGAGUCCUCUGCUGCCCCGUCUGCCGGAAGCCCUGUUCUGAGGAGGUGCUGGGAGAAGGUUACAUCUGCCCCCUCCACCAGAAGAGGGUGUGCAGGUUCUGUGAGAAGACAGGAAGUCUUCUGUGUGUGGAAUGCCUGGAGCUGCCUGAACACCAGUCUCAUCCUGAGCCUACCAUUGAAAAUGCCAUCAGCCACUACAAGGAACGACUCGUCCGCCGGAGUAGGAAGCUCAGAAAGGACAUAGGAGAGUUUCAGAGGCUCAAGGCUCAGGAGGAGGAGAAGCUGUGUGCUUUGCAGGUAGACUUGCAGAGCCCUAGGCUGGAGGCUGAGCUGGAGAACCACUGCCAAACCAAGGGACAGUUGGAUGCUCUCUCUCAGCAGCAGCUGAACAGGGUGGAGGACACACCAGCAGAGGUGGCCAGAAUCCUUGACCUCUCUAAGGCAAUAAUACAACUCAGCAACCUAGUUGCUGAUCUGGAAAAGAUGGCCAGGGAGCUGGAUGCCAACACGCUCAAGAAUGUCAGUGACUUGUUGAACAGGAGCGCUCCACAGAAAUUAAAUGGACUGCUCUCUUUCCUUCUUCCAACUGGACCAACUCCCAAUUAG